AUGCGGACUCUGUACCGGUCCAGAGUGGUGAUGAAGGAGCUGAGCCGAAAGUCAAACCUUUCGAUUUACAAGUCGAUCUACGUUCCUACCCUCACCUAUGCAUCCCAGUACCAGUACGCUAAGUCUACCAUUGCUACCAUCCUUAAGAACAAGGAAGCUAUUAAGGGUGCGUGUGUGGCUAAAGGUGUUUCUGUGUUGUCUAAGCAACGGUCUCAGGCAAUAGAAGACGUUGAAAAACUUCUGUUGAUUUGGAUUAAUGAAAAGCAGCUAGCAGGGGACAGUGUGAGUGAGGGUAUUAUCGGCGAGAAAGCACGGCAACUUCACUCGGAUAUCAUCAAGAGGCAACCUGGAAAUUCGUCAUCCAUUGAUGAUUUCAAGGCUAGCCACGGAUGGUUCGAGAAGUUUAAGCGUCGUACAGGGAUUCAUAGUGUCAUUCGUCAUGGUGAGGCAGCCAGUUCUGACGAUAAAGCUGCCGAAGCUUACAAGGAAUUAUUCCUCAAGAUGGUGGAAGAAGAAGGCUACGUUCCUCAUCAAGUGUUUAAUGCUGAUGAAACCGGCCUUUUUUGGAAAAAGAUGCCUAACCGGACUUUCAUUACACAGGAAGAGAAGUCCGUCCCUGGGCAUAAGCCUAUGAAAGAUAGGCUAACCCUCCUGAUGUGCGCCAAUGCCAGUGGCGACUCGCAUCCACCAAGUUUGGAGGAGGAACUUCAAGGUGAUCUUGAAUUCAUCAAGGUCAAAUUCCUCCCUCCCAACACAACCCCCCUCCUGCAGCCCAUGGACCAGCAAGUGAUCGCAAGCUUUAAGAAGCUUUACACUAAGGCUUUAUUUACUCGGUGCUUUCCCGUGACCAAUGACACCGACCUAUCCCUUAGGGAUUAUUGGAAGGACCAUUUCAAUGUGUAUCAUUGUAUUCAACUGAUAGAAAAGGCUUGGCAUGAUGUUACCUUUCGAACCUUGAAAGCAGCAUGGAAGAAGUUGUGGCCCGCAUGCAUCCUUGAGAGGGACGUAGAAGGAUUUGAUCCUCAAGACUAUGUUGUUGUGAACGACAUUGUUUCCAUGGGACAGAACAUGGGACUCCAAGUGGAUGCAGAUGACGUCGAGGAGCUUGUUGCUGACCAUAAUGAGGUCCUCAACACAGAGGAUUUGAUUCGCCUUCAAGAGGAGAAGCAGAAGGAAGCCAUUCAGGAGUUGUCAUCUGAGGACGAGGAGGAGGAGAUGGCUGCAGCAUCAAGUGAGAGCAUCAAGACCAUGUUAGCAAAAUGGAGUGAUGUGCAGGCUUUUAUCGAACAGUACCAUUCAGAAAAGACUGUGGCUAUGAGAAUCAUCAACAUGAUGAAUGAUAAUGUGAUGCUUCAGUUUCGUAAGACCUUACAACUCAGAAAGCAACAGGUGUCAAUUAAGAGGUUUUUAGUCAGCAAAAAGGAUAAAGAGUCUCCUUCUAAGAAGCAAAGAAGACAAGCCACACCGGAGGUUCAGUUUCCUACAAACCCUUUGGAAGGUGACUCUCCUUCCAAACAGUAA